GAAUUCUCCCAAGCCCCUGCGACUCCGUCGGCGAGCGACGGCUCCAAACCUGUCGUCUGUCACGACCUCAACAUGUUCUUCGCUCGCGACGACGUCGCAGAUGCGUCGCAUGGUCUCGCCACCGCGACAGCCGCUCGCACACACCCUGCUCGCGUCCCGUCGUUCGCGAGCCGUCAGCGACCAAUUUCCCUUCAACGAGCCGUUGCAAAUCAACCACAGGAAUUCACGCACGUCAGCGACGUCGCGAAUCGUUGGCAGUCGCUCGAGCGAAUGGCGACAACCUACGAGCCUGAUACUACUAACGCCGUUUCCGGCCCGCAGUCUCCCGCUCCUAAGCCCGCCCUCCCCAGAAACUUCCGUCAUAAAGCCACGAGCCGGAUGUCGGGUCCGGACAUGAAUGAGUUGGCCGUUGGGACAUCACCUGAUUCACACGCAAUUCACAGCCAGCAGGACCAGAGUCCGAAUCGCAAUCAACAAAAUCUUCAUCAUCAACAGAUGCAGCAGCUUUGUCAGCAGAAGCACAGCCAUAAAACGAUCGUUCCGCCAGUGGAGGUGACUGGAGGAGGCGACGAGUCGCCCUACCGUUGGGAUUACACCGAUGGAGAAGACGCUGCUGCGGUGCAGAACGACGGAAUCGAAAAGACCUGCGCGCACUGUGGCACGUCGAAAACGCGUCUUUGGAGAAACGGCCCUCCCGGACCCAAG